AUGUCAAGCGCACACAGUGGCAGUGGCGGGAUCUUUGCGGCUGGUAAUGGCAGCGCUGUGACCGGUGGCGGACCCGCGUUGGCCGACGGUAACAGGAACAAUUACAAUACGUUUUUUACGGCAGAUGAGAGUCUGCGGUCGCUGAUGCGCACGUCGGACAAUAUUGAACGGACGCGACGAACUGUCGCUGAGUCGGAAGAAAUGGCGAAAAACGUCCUCGUGGACCUGGAACUGCAGCACUCGCAGCUUCACGACAUGAAGGACAAAGUGUCCGAGACCUCGGGCUUGACGGGCCAAGUGCGUCGCGUAUUACAGAUGAUGGCCACUCGCUCGCGGCGAAAGAAAGUCUGUCUCUACCUGGUCAUCGCGGCAUUGGCAGUCACCGAUAUGUUGGUGUUCUAUCUGUUGUUUGUACGUUAA